GUUUUAUUUUUAUAAUUUAUCAGUCGUGUGAUGUACUUAGAAUUGUGAGCAUUUAGACAUUGAUAUUGAAGAAUUAAGGUGAUUUUUUGAAGUCAAUCUAAAUGAAAUCAAACAUGUUCCUGUGCUUUGUUAUAGUGAUGGUUGACAAUUACGAGGAAGUAGCCGACGGGUAUGCUGCUGAGGCAAAACUCGGCGGCUCAGGCCAGCAGCGCGACGCCUACGUCCAGCAAGUCGGAGGAUGUUCCGGCUGAUCUUCCUGCCCUGCAGGAGGCUCUCAAGCCGGGCUGGACGGUACAUGCGACCAUCGAGGGACGUCUGUAUUAUUGCAACCAUGUUACGCGCACUGCGGGCUGGUUGCCGCCCGUUGAGAAUUGGCUGAACAAGGAGCGGCUGCCUUAUGGCUGGGAGAAGGCUCUCGAUAUUCGGAGGAGGCCCUAUUAUCUUAACCACGUGAACAAAACGUCUACGUACACGGCGCCAGGGCAGGUUCAGUGGCGUCCAGCUCCGGUUCCACGUUCGGUGACCAUGUGCCGGGACCCAGAAAUGGGUUUCGGGUUCGUGGCGGGCAGCGAGCGACCGGUACUAGUCAGAUGCGUCACGUACGGAGGACCCAGUCAUGGCAGAUUACUUCCCGGUGAUCAGAUAUUGGCUGUAAAUGGAGAGAAUGUCAAGGAAGCUCCCAGGGAUUAUGUCAUUAGAAUGGUUCGUGGUUGUGAAAAACACGUGUCGAUGGUCGUUUGUCAGCCAGAACCGGUGGGCGCCUUCGGACGGAAGUCGACGAUGCAGCGGGCGAAGCAGCAAAGCACCGACGACCAGAGAACAGGCGACGAGGCGGCCGCGGACACCAAGCGAAAGGCGCCGCACGCCCGCGUACGGUUUGCGGAAAGCGUUUGCGUCAACGGGGCUCCAUUAUUUCCGCCGUCGGCCUUUUCAUUAGGAGACAUCUGCGUGCCACCAAUGGCGAACGUGUUAAAAGUUUUCUUAGAAAAUGGACAGACGAAAAGUUUUAAGUACGACGCCUCGACGACUGUCGAAGAUGUGGUGAGCAGUCUUAAGGACAAACUCUGCCUCACCGCUUCGGAACACUUCAGCCUGGUGCUCGAACACGUCAAAACUUUACGGAGGAACAAAUUGACCCUGCUCGACCCCGAGGAAUCCUUGGCAAGGAUAGCGGCGCGUCCAGGUUCUCACAAACUACGAUGUCUCUUUCGUGUAGCCUUUGUACCAGUGACGGCGGCUGCCUUAGCCCAACGUGAUCUGAAUGCACUUGACUACCUCUAUAUGCAAUGUUGCAACGAUGUUGCUCAGGAAAGAUUUGCUCCUGAAUUGCAGCCUGAUGUAGCACUUAGGUUGGCUGCUCUGCACAUGCAUCAGCACGCUUUAGCCAAUAAUUUAUCAACGGUCAAGCUCACCGUUAAAACAGUCGAGAGAGAGUUUGGCUUAGAACGAUUUGUACCAAGCGGACUUCUAGAAAAUAUGAAACGGAAAGAAUUACGAAGAUUAAUUGGACAUUUUCUUAAGCUCAAUCAACAUAUGACUGGUUCUACGGGUAAACAGUUGACAGCGCUGCAAACCAAACUGCAUUAUUUAGAUAUCAUAUCGACGUUACCAAGUUACGGGGCCAAAUGUUUUAGUUUUGAUCAAAAAGGCGACGUCGUAUCAGCUCCUGAAAAAGUUAUACUAGUUAGUCCUCGAUUUGGAUUUAGUCAGAUAUCUAGUGCUAGAAAUUCAGUGCCGACACUGAUAUCAAAUCUGGAAGAUAUUCUUCAUGUCAGUCUGACCCGAGAAGAUCAACUGCGAUUCAACGUCGAAGUAGGACUGACCGGAGACAGACAAGCGGCGUUUUUGAUGGAUGAUGUUGAAGCCAAAGAACUUGCUCUUGUUCUAGCUGGAUACCAUAGAUUAGUAACAGGACGUGAGCUUUACGUCGAACAAGAAAAAGAUCCUGUAAACGACGAUUUAGCACCUCCAUACCUCGCGCAACAUUGCGUUGUACCCGAUUUAUGGAGUUAUUUGCCAGACUCGGUAGAUUUUAACUCUGUGCAGAGUAUGGUGUUCAACAUGCAACCGCCGUACCACAAUACAAUGCCGCAUUAUUGUACUAACGCCAUUGCCCAAACUCAGUGUAAGAAAUCGUCCACGGAAUGUGAUAGAAAUAUGAACACGACGUUAUCAAAUAACAAUCAUGCUCCUCGAGCUGCUUCCGAAAGCUUUGAUGAAUCUAUAGCUUAUACGAGUUCUGAAGGCCACGAAUCACCUCGACUUGUGGAAGCCCGAAACGAAGAAAUACUAAGGCGCGUUGCUGAAAUGCAAAAGCUUGUCGAAAACUCUGAACAAUACCUCAACGAACAUGGUGAAUCCACUCGUGCUGAAUGGCAGGAGACAUCGGUUGAUUGUGAAGCUGAAAGCGAUACGGAAAGUUCUAAUAGUAGAAUGUCUUCUAUGGAUGAUUCACCUGGAAAACUGAAACACAGUGACUCAUUACUAUUACUGACGGAAACUUUAAAUCAAGAUUUACCUAUACGUGCGCCAAACGGCCGCGAUUGUAUGAUGACGAAUGGUUAUACAUUUGCUGAUGUACCAUCACAAUCUGAGAGUGAUACUGACUCAUUAUAUACACCAAAUGGUUCACCCAUGCAUCGAACGCAGUAUACAAAAAUAUCACAAAAACCUCCUAUAACCAAUGCAAGCGAUCCUGGAUUGAAAGAAUAUUUAAGACGACUUCGACAAGGAACGGAUCGCAAUAGAUUUUCAGAUUCGACGGAUUGCGAUUUGAUCGACUUAACUUCAAUACCACCACCACAAACUCCGGAUGAACCAGAUUGCCCCGAGGUUGCAUCGGUUGAACCACGACUUCCGCCUACUUCUUUUGCGGAUCCUGAUCCAAACGCAAUGUUGGGUCUUGAAGAAUUUUUGGCGACAGUAGCUAUUGAGCCACCAGCGCAAAAAGCUACACCAGCAGUUGAAUUAACUCCGGAAGAAAUUUUAUCAUAUAUCAUUCCACCACCGCCAACGUCCACUGUAAGUUCAAGUAUAACACAGAGUGAUUCGCAUUACACGAAUCGUUCAGAAGUUCUUCGCGAAAUCUCAUCUCAAAACGACAGUGAGAGCAGCGGCGGUAAUUUAAGUGAUACGAGAAAUAGUUUAAUGAUUCGAUCUUUGGAAAAUAAUCGCGUCAUUGAAUAUUCGACUAUCGACAGAAAAGGAACGUUUUCGUGCUGCGCGAAAGAUAAAACCGAUCGUAGUAAACAAAAACCGAUGGUUAAUGGCGGCGAACCAAAAAUAAUGCCACGAAGUAACUCAGCAGAAUUUAAUAAACCACCUGAACGACCUCCGAAGACUUUGGAUCAGCGGAUGUAUUGCAACGGACACGUUGGAAACUCUGAAGCAACAAAAAACACUCAAGUCAUUGCUAAAGUAGCUCCGAUGUCUUCAAGUACAUCUAACGAAGAGCGACCACCUUCAUUGCCUCCACGCAAUGGGGAUGCCACACCGCCUCCUUUACCGCACUCGUACGUGCUCCCUAAGAAACCUCCUCUGCCACCAGCGCCCAUCCUUGCUAAAACACCAGCAAGUCCGAAUUCUCAGCAGCGAGUGGCAUCGAUCGGAUCUCCUCAUUUACAACGUGGAAGAAUAUUUGAUCAGGCUAACAGUCAUUCCUUACCGAGACAUUGCAGAUCACACUCAGAAACGACGAUAGGUGCCAGAACGUUGUCGGAACAUCGUGCACCUUGCUCACCGCAAUUAAACCGCCGUAAUAAUUCAGUUGGCACUAAUCAGGCAGCAGCUUGUCAAUUGCUAGGAAAAACAGAUGCAGCAAUGGCUGGAUUACUGGUGCGCUUAGAUCAAGUUGCAGCUCAGUGCACAGCAGCACAAGCAAAGGGAGGUGGAGAUAGUAUAGAUGAAGAAAAAUUUCAGACCGCACGUGAAGAGCUAACCGCCCAGGCUCUGCGCCUAGUGACGUCCAGCAAAUUGUUAGUGAUAUCAAUGUCCGACUCAUCAUUAGCUGGUCUACCAGAACACCUCGCAGCCAGUCUGACGGCAUUAAGAAGCAUCACCGAGCUCACCCAAUCUCUUUGCGUCCACACCAGCUCUCCACUUCAAACGCGUAAUAUUGUUCUUAAAGUCCACGAUGUAGCUUCAGGUUUCCGCGAACUGGCCGCUGUAAAAGUGGGUCCUAUGUCCUCAUCUUCAAUAAAUGGUGACCCUGACCGCGGUGGGCAAUUAGCUCUUCGGGCAGAAUGUUUAGCCGACGUUCUUGCUGCACUCCUGCGCAGCCUGCGAGUUUUCUCUCCAUAGUCGGCGAUCUAGAAUUGAUGGUUGUACAGAAGCGUGAUAUGGUAAAAAAAUAGCUCAUAUGUUUAAAUUAAGUAGAUUAACCGAUAGCGAAGAAAUGAAUGACUUUUUGUAUAAAAGAUAGGAAAGGGAAAACACCUUCAGCGUUCAGUAAUGUGUUUUCUGCUUUUAUAUUCUGUUGUUUGUUGUUGUUAUUGAAGUGCGCCGAUGAGAAUGUAUUAUUGAAGUACUGUGUAUUAAUUUUUCAUGUUAAUAAAUAUAAUAUUAAUCACUGUGCCCCACAUAAUCUAUGGUCGUAACAAAUGUUAAGGGAUAACAUUUUAUUCGGAAUUGACUUACAUCCAUAAUUAUAUUAUAUUAUUAUUAAAAUUUUACGUUUUUUAACAUAACGUUUAUAAUAGUUUAUACAUUUUGCAUUAAAAUUUUUAAUAUAUUUCGGCAUUUUUAUCACAUUAGCCAUACGGGAGUAUUCUCCGCCAAAGUGACACUGAUGUAUGAGCCAACAAGCUGCCCAAGUUUUUGUUACCCAAAAUAUUUUAAGACUUUUCGAUCAUUAUCAAUAAUUUAAAUCAGACCGAUAUAUUGUCUGUGUGCAGAAGUCAAUACAUUGGAUGUCGUCUACAAGCGACACUCGUACACACAGGUUGCCAUGCGGAUGUCGACUAUAGACGACGCUCGUAGCGAAAGGGCUAAUAUAUAAAAUUUUAUUAAGACACAUUUUAUUUUAAUUUCAAUACUCAUCAUUUCUUAAGCCGUCCAUAAAAAUACUGCUAAAUAACAUAGGUUUUCAUUAAUAAAAAAUUCAUUAAAAUUACAACAUUGGGUAGUAUAAUACUCUUAUAUAAAUUGUACCAAACACUUUUGCUUACUUAUUUUAAUUAAUACCAAUGAAAUAUUUCUAGAUAUAUUUAUGUAUAAAAAAUAUGUUAAUAUAUUUGUUUAUAGAAGCUAUGUUAUGAGUGCUUAAAUAUUGAUGUGCUAAAAAAACUUUUUAAUUCAUAAGUUAUUAAUAUACCUAAGAUAUAUUUGUUUUGAAAUUUUGUUCAUAGUUUAUUGACAUAUUUUAUACUGUUAUUGCAGCAAACUAAAUUGUUGAACGAUUAUAAUAACAGUCAACCUUCUUAUAACGCGGUAUCGAGAUUGCGACAACCCUUUUAUAACGCGGUUUUCCUUCAACUGCCCAUAAGUUUAUUCCGCGCUUUCUAUGGAUGACUCUAGUAACUAGAUACUAGGAUUAUAAUAUAGAUUUCAAUAUCGACUAUUCUGUUUUUUACAAUAUUUUUAUAUGAACAUGUUCUUUAUUAUGUCAGACCUC